AUGUCUUGGGGAGAUUACAUUAACAAGAGUCUUCUUGAAACUGGGAAAAUUACAAAUGCUGCUAUUGCUUCUCGAGAGGGUACCAGUGUGUGGGCAUCUAAUGAUGGAUUUAGUUUAGGACUUGAUGAAUUAAAAAUUCUUGCAUCUGGAUUUGACGACCCUACUCAGAUUCUAGGAUCAGGUUUUUAUCUUUCUGGGAAGAAAUAUGUAGCAAUUCGUGUUGAAGGACGAAGUAUAUAUGGUAAACAGGGGUCCGAGAGUGUUUAUUGUGUGCAAACAGGGAAAACUAUCAUUAUUGCAUGCUUUCAUAAAACUACGCAGACUGGAGAAGCUGUUAAAAUUGUUGAAACCCUUAGUGAUUAUCUUAUUAGCGUAGGGUUUUAA